AUGUUCAAACAACAAACCAAUAAAUUUUUAAAAAGAAAUCCAUCUUUUUUUCAUUACAUCAAAAGAAAUGGAUUAAAAAACGGAUUGAAAAAUGAAUCAAGAAAUGGAUUUUGGCGAAUUCCACAGAUUCCUAUUCAAUUCAUUUAUUCUAAAUAUUAUUCUACUGUACCCGAGAAUAAUUUAAAAAUUCCAUCAACAUUUAAAGAUACCAAAAAAUUAGCUCAAAAAUUGUUGGAACAUAAUCAAAAACAACGGAAUAAUGCAUUAUCAAUUAUAAAUACAAUAUUUUCUCCACCCACUGAAGAAGAAAAGGAAGAACUUCAAAAUAUAACGAUUGAAAAAAUCUUAGAAACAUCAUCUCAUGAUUCAUUAAAAGUUCAAUUAGCCCACGAUGCGUAUGUUAGAGAUCUUUGGUCAAAAAGUAUUCAAUAUAGAGAUAUGAUUAAAUUUAUAAGAUUUAAAGAAAUUUAUGACUUUAUUAUUGUGGGAGCUGGAUCCGCCGGAUGUGUUCUCGCCAAAGAGCUCAUAGAAAAUAUACCAAAUAUCAAGAUUUUACUAUUGGAAGCCGGUCCCCCGGAUUCUCAAAUUAAUGAUAGGAUCACUUUACCGUUUGUGCAUAGUACACUUUGGAGAACAAACGAAAUUGAUUGGUCAUACCUUACUCAACGUCAAGUAAUGCCUAGUACAACUGAUCCAACUAAAGAUAUAGUAAAUCGAUCUAUUAUUUAUCCAAGAGGAAAAGUUUGGGGUGGAUGUAGUUCAGUUAAUGCCAUGGUUUAUGUUCAAGGAGGACCCGAAUACAAAAUAUGGGAUUAUGAACAUUGUCUCGAAGCCUUCAAGGCAAUCGAGAGCAUCUCUAGAGAAAAUCCAGAUGAAGAAACCAAAAAAUAUCGUGGUUUUAAUGGUUUAAUAAAUGUUUUUGAGCACGGAGAUAGCAUAUUUGACGUUAUGAAAGAUUUAAAAAAGGCUGCUGUAGAUUUCGGUAUACCGGAGAAUAAAGAUUAUAAUGGUGUUAGACAGGCAUCAAUUAAAAAUAAAAUGAGAUGUUCAGCAGUAGAUGGAUAUCUUACCAAAGCUUUAGAAAAGGUUGAAGUAGUGAAGGAUGAAGAAAUUGUUAAAGAUUAUCUUAAAUUAUCUUCUGAUGCUUGUAAAAUAUCAGCUGUUAAUUUAAAAUCCAAUGCUCAUGUUUUAAAUAUAAUUUGGGAUGAUGAUGAGGAUUCCAAUGGUAAUAUAGCAAGAGGUAUCAAAUAUUUUUCUGGUGGAGAACUUCAUGAAGCUUAUAUUGCCCCAAAAGGUGAAAUUAUUUUAAGUGCUGGAGCAAUCAAUAGUCCACAUAUACUUAUGCUCUCUGGAAUAGGUCCAAGAAAUAAUUUAAGCAUGAAUAAUAUUAAAGUUCGUGAAGAUUUACCUGUUGGAAAGAAUUUAUAUGAUCAUCCAUUAACAAUGUUUUCUGCGAAGGUAGAUAAACCAAAUUCCACUUUGAAAUCAUGUAUGAAUUCUUGGACUAAUGGACCAGAAGUUGUUAUAUUUCACAAAGCAAAUGAGGAAGGAAGAAUACCUACGAAAGAAGAAUUACAUAAUGAGCAUCCUGAUAUCCAAAUUACAUGUGCUCCAGUAAUAUUUGAUUCAGAACUUAUAAAUCCAAUCAAUAGAGAAGUACCAUUUUUAGGAGAAGGAAUUACUUUAUCACCAGCACUUAAUUAUCCAUCAAGUGUUGGUCAUUUAGAACUUGCAAGUCAAAAUCCUUUUGAACAACCAAAAAUAUUUCUUAAUUAUUUUGAUAAAGCGGAAGAUAUGUAUAGAUUAAUAAGUACAAUGAAAUUAUGUAAAGAGAUUAUUAAACGUCCUCCAUUAACAACUAAUUGGGGAACAAAAGAUAUUGGAAUAACUGAUGAAUUUGGACAAUGGGCAAGUGAUGGUGUUAAUAUGUCUGAUAAUGACUGGGAGAAACUUAUACGUGAGAAGCAUUUCACUUCAUUCCAUCCAUGCGGUACAGUAAAGAUGUCAUUAAAAGAGAAAGGUGGUGUAGUUGAUCAUAGACUUCGAGUUUAUGGAACUGAAAAUCUACGAGUUGUUGAUGCAUCCAUAUUUCCUAGUAUUCCUGCUGCAAAUACUUUUGCACCAGUUUGUAUGACUGCUUGGAGAGCUUCAAAAUUAAUUGAAGAGGAUUAUAAGAGAAAAUAG